AUGAACUUCACAGGAAGUCUCAGUCAUCUUUCGAAUGAGCUAGGGUAUCUUACAUGGAAAGCAUAUCCUUUUGAGUGUUUGCCUCCAAGUUUUCAACCAGAUAAACUAGUUGAUUUAAACCUUUGUGGGAGCAACAUUCAACGACUAUGGGCAGGCAGAGAGCCUCUUCACAAUUUGAAACGUUUGGAUCUCUCUCACUUCGAAAACCUAGUUGAGAUGCCAGAUGUUGGAGACGCCGUAAAUCUUGAAAGGCUAGAUCUUGAAGGAUGUGUACAGCUAAGAAAAAUCAACCCAUCCAUUGGUCAUGAAGGAAGGAAUGGAGAGCAUUUGAAGAAGCUUGGUUUAGUUGAAGCUCCUUUCCAUUCCCAGUCAACAUCCUCUCUCAUAAAAAAGUGGCUUUUGCGGCCUUUCGAUUUAUUGUAUUGCAGAGCACAGGGAGAGUCACAUUGCAAGCGGUUGAAAUAUUUUCCUGAUCUCCCUUCACGAACUGACUUGCCCUCAAAAGGUUACUAUCAGCCAUAUCUACAUAUGCUUUUCAAUCCUGAUGAAGUUAAUAUAGGAAUAGCGAGUUACAACUGUCCAGAAUUAGUUGAUAGGGAACGGAAACCAGCAACUAACGCAGCUCUGUGGUUGUUCAAGGGGACCCACCUAUACGAAUGUCUUGGUCUAGAUGUUGGAAGUAUUGUCCCCGGAAGUGAUAUACCGAGGUGGUUUAACAAUAAGCAUGUGAGCAAGGACAAUUCAAUAAUCAUAGAUGCAUCUCCCGUCACCGAUGACAAUUAUUGGAUUGGAGUUGUGUGUUAUGUAAUAUUUCAGAUGCGGGAGAUCACUUCUCAAUCAGAAACAUCAUCAUGGUCGGGUUAUGACAUUCCUAUGAAUUUCAGUAAUGAUCUGGACGAAUCAGAUCACAUGUGGCUAUUCUAUCUAACUCAGCAAGAUUUCAUUAAUCAACGCUACUUUGGGGGCAUGCCAAAUAUUGGUGGCUCGAAGUUGAAAAUUAAAAUAAAUGACAUAAAAUCUUUUAGUCAUGACUGCGUAGUUUCGGGGGAAGAGGAACCAUGGUAUGAGAAAUUUUGUCUGGUUGAAGUGAAGAAAUACGGGUACCGUUGGGUAUCAGAACAAGAAGAUCUGGAACUAUCAAAUUCGACAGUGAUGCAUGGUGGAAAUUUGAUAACUCAUAAGCGCAAGUUUUUGGCGAUGGAGGAAAACAAGUAG